AUCAACGCCUACAAAUUAAGUUUCAGAGGAUGAAAGGGAUCGACUGUCAAUUAGCUUUCUUUUCUCUUAAUUUGUGAUAUUCACGGAAUAUAUGAGCACAUGUCGAGAGGAAAAGUUAGAACAGCCGGCGAUCAGUGUGCCGAUUGUGGAGCUACGGAGCCAAGUUGGGCUUCCAUCAACCGUGGUGUGUUGAUAUGUGACGAGUGUUGUAGCGUACACCGGAGUCUUGGCCGACACAUCUCCCAGGUGAAGUCGCUAAAGAAGGGACAAUGGUGCCCCACACAGCUUGCAAUGGUGCAGCAUCUAGCUAGCCAUGGGGCCAACAAUAUCUGGGAGUACUCCCUCUGGGACCCUUCACAGAAACACGGCCGCCGGAAACCAAACUCCAGGGACCAGGUCCAUCCAGUGAAAGCUGACUUUAUUCGUGCCAAAUACCAGUUUUUAUCAUUUCUCAACAAAAGCAAAGACACAGAUAUUACAUCUCUUGAUGACAUUAGUCAGCAAUUGCACUCAAGUGUUCGAACAAACAAUUUAGAGACAGUGUUGAGAUUAAUAUCGAAAGGUGCUGACCCUAACUAUUACCACCCUGAGAAGGGCAACUGUCCCCUGCACGUGGCCGCCGGGUCCGGCCAGAUCCUGCAGAUAGAACUUCUAGUCAUUUACGGAGCAGACCCUGGGGCACAGGAUGCCUUUGGGAAAACACCUAUUGAGUAUGCCAAGGCUGAGGGUCACGAGGACAUUGCCAACAGACUGGUGGAGUGCCAGUAUGAGCUCACAGACAGACUUACAUACUACCUGUGUGGCAAAAAACCUGACCAUCAUAAAGGACUGCACUUUAUCAUCCCGGAGAUGGCUGACAGCAGCCUCGACAUGUCCGAGCUUGCUAAACAGGCCAAGAAAAAACUCACACAGCUAUCAAACCACCUGUUUGAGGAGCUUGCAAUGGAUGUGUAUGACGAGGUUGACCGGCGUGAGAACGACUCUGUGUGGCUCUCCACGCAUGACCAUACCUCCAUCGUCAGCGACCGCCAGGCAGUCCCCUUCCUACCAGUCAACCCAGAAUUCUCUGCUACCAGGAACCAGGGACGUCAGAAGCUUGCACGGUUCAACGCGCGGGAGUUUGCAACCCUCAUUAUAGAUAUUCUCAGUGAUGCCAAACGUCGCCAGACAGGCAUCGCACAACCUCUUACAGCCAAAGAAAAAAUUGAAAAGCGUGAAAGUCUACCAGCGACGCCAACAUCAUUUAAGCGUAUCGCGAACAGUUUUGCAAGUGACGAUGAGCCGCUGUACGACAGCGUGGCUUCAGAUGAGGAUUACAGCAGUGUUGACAACCUCUCUGUACACAACAUGAAGACAGAUGACAUGCAGACGGACAUAGGAACAGACACAAACAUUCAGCAUGAGGAUAAAGAAUCCACCCCUGUACCCAUCUCCUCUCCUGAACAAAGACAGUCAAGCCCGGACCCAGGGGGGUCAAAGUCAGAGGUUAAUGAGGUAGCGGGGAUGAGGCAGGCCCUCGUCCACUCACAGUCUGAGGUGCGCCAGCUUAUACAGGCCAACAAGAACCUUCAACAUGAGGUCGAGAGGCUCAAUACACUGGUGCAUUCACUUGUCCAUGAGAAUGCCAUGCUGCGGGAGCAACAGCAGCAUUUGUUACGUGGACAGGGUCCCCCGAUACCCAACGGAGGGGUUGAGGGAGAGGAUACACUCGGGCGCAUCCCGGGCAUCCAGACACGUGCCAAUAGGAACAGCGGAGGUGCCCGACCACAGUCAAUGUUCGAGCCCAGAAACCAAGAGAGAUUGUCGCAAAAGUCUAACAAGAGUCAGUCCAAAGAUGACUUGUACCCUGUGCAGUCUGGCAACGAAUAUCGCCAAAUUGAGGAGAACAAGUCGUCCAGCUCAGGAUCGUCAUUUUCUCAGGGCAGCGGAGAGUUGCGGCAUGAUUCACUCGGUCACUACGACAACCCCAUGUCACACUACGAUAAUCCCAGAUCAUUACCCAUUGAACAAAGUGCAAUAAGAGAGCAAUGCGAGUACGAGGGCGGCCCCCUGGAGGACAUGGAGGGGCUGGAGGGCUACCCUUCCCUUGAACUCCUCAUGCAAAAGACGGAGAAAAUUACUAAGAAAAUCCAGACACUUCUCCUUUCAGCCCAAGAACGCAACAUCACAAGUUAUGGUCCCUGUGCCAACAACAUCCACGCCGCAGUAUUAGAAAUGGUUGAGGUCUUCCCAGAGAAGCCUGAUGAAGAGAGUGUAAAGUGUGCUCUGGGCCAGUUGGUGACAAGUGCUGUCCGUCUGCAGGAGGAGUGCUCCGAGUGUUCAGAUAUCUCCAUGGAAACGGAGGAGUUGACUUUUGACCCCUCCAUCAAAACACAACAAGUGAUACAAUGUGCCUAUGACAUUGCGAAGUCUGCCAAACAGCUUGUGACCCUCUUUCAAUGAUGAUGGCAGGGAAAACAUUCAAAUCUAGUUGCCUCCCUUGAACCAUUGAUAAAUGCAAUCAAUCACAGCCAAGAGUGAAUGCAUUUACAAAGGAAAAAUAACCGAUUUCAGAGGUUUAUAGUUCAGCUUAUCUGAUUUGUUAAUGAAAAAUAUUAGCUAUUACCAUCAUCUUGUUAAUCAAAGUUGUCGGCAAUGUUUUUGAUAAGUUCAUUUAGGUCACUUCUUAAAAUUCUCAGUUCCAUCAUGUUUCUAUCUGAAAUACUUCCUUAAGUUACUUCUUUUCUCCUCAGUCCUGUGGAAUAAAGAAAUGUUUGUUAUAUGUUGCAAUAUCCUGUCCUGUGUAUAUUUUAAUGGAUUGUUGCUAGUUCUGAGUGAGAGAAACAGGACGGGUCAAAGUAGGACAAGCAUCUAUGCUCUUCAUUUUAUGAGGAAGAAUCUAUCUACAUGUAGGUGAUGACCAUGAUAAUUUUCCGUAAGGAGGACCUUGACUAUCUACCUGUAGGUUAUGCUUUUGACCAUCAACCUGUAGUGUAGGGGACGACCAUGAGCAUCUACCAGUAGGGGAUGACCUUGAGCAUCAACUUGUAGGGGAUGAGAUUGGGCAUCAACCUGUAGGGUAUGACCUUGAGCAUCUACCAGUAGGGGAUGACCUUGAGCAUCUACCAGUAGGGGAUGACCUUGAGCAUCAACUUGUAGGGGAUGAGAUUGGGCAUCAACCUGUAGGGUAUGACCUUGAGCAUCUACCAGUAGGGGAUGACCUUGAGCAUCUACCAGUAGGGGAUGACCUUGAGCAUCUACCAGUAGGGGAUGACCUUGACCAUCUACCUAUAGGGGAUGACCUUAAGUAUCUACCAGUAGGUGAUGGCCUUGACUCUUCUGUCUUACAAAUCUCAAGAGCAGCUAUAUUUAUGAUUUACACAUAUGCCGUCUCUAAUUUUUUGUCAUUAAUGUAUUCUUUGAAACUAUAUACAUUUGAAAUGAACAACUUUUACACACUUUUACUUUUGAAUACUAAUUAAAGCUAUUUUAUUGUUUGUGUCCCAUGGGAAGCAUGGCAGACACAGGGAUUCUAUUACUUUGUCAGGCAGCACCCUAGAUGUCCAUGUCACACUUUCGUUUCCAAUCAACAACUUUUGAAUGACUAGAUGAAGAGUGUUAAACCUUUGUGUGAGCAUUGUUCAUUAUCUGUCGAUGACCCUUAUUGAAUAAAGGGUUGAAGGUAAAGGUCAUCGUGACAUUUUCAUGAAAAAUUAUAGGGGCACCUGACAGGAGACACAUCCGUUUCUUGGAAUUCUAGUUUGUAUGUAGGUAUGAUUUUGUAAGUAUACCUUCAUUUCGUAGUUUCUAACCGUCACCAGAAUAAGGACCAGUUACGCUUGCCUUUUUAUGACAGAACUAUGUGUUCUGCUUUCGUAUUUCAAAGAUAAUUCAGUGUUUACAUAGGUGUAAGCAUCUAAGCAAUAUAAGUGUUCAUGUCUUGUAAGGCUGGAACUUUUUUCAGUUAACUGUUAUUAUAGGUCAUGAAAUAAGUAUUAAAAAAACAAUCUUACGGUUAUGAUGGUUAUGAUAAGAAUUUUGCCUGCAUGAUCUUGGUUAACACUAUGUUUAACCUGCUCUCAUAAAAUCAUUUAAUUAAAGUAGCCUAAGUAGAACUAAUACUCAUUACUAACCAAGAUCUUGACAUUUCACAAUAACUGAUUUCAUGACCCAUGGAAGUGCAGAUUCACGGCCACUUUAUGGCAGAUAUAUGAUUUUAUCCAAAGAUUAGUCCGUUAAUGUUUGUAGUCAUUUAGUUGUACAUUAUUGUUAAUGGACAUCACUUAUCCCACAAACUUGCAAUAUAUUAUUUAUUGUUAGUGUAUUUUAUAUUUAUUGUUAAUGUAACUGUAAAUAAAUGUACAUGCAUUCUUACAUGCUGCCUAAGAUUUCUUAAUUUACUUAAUUUCAGUCUUUUGCAUAGUAUUCAUUGUUAAUAUAUCAUACUCAGCAUUUUAAGUAUUCAUUUUGAUUAAAUUAUAAUUGUUCAAUUGAUUAUGCCAUUAUUAAUUUGUAAAAUAGGCUAGCAUACUUGUGUUUUAAACUCAUAUUUUACAAGAUUAUAAAUAAUAUAAUUAUUUUAACGACCAUAUACUUUCAGUUUGGAAUAAGAAAAUUGGUUAUAGCUCUUCGAAUUUAUACAUGCAUAUUUAUGAUUGUAAAAUCUGGAUUUUAUUAGCCAGCAUUUUUGCAGUCCAUAGUUAAUUGUUUGGAGGAAGCUAUGGAAAUUAAACCUUAAAGUCCAGUGCAGUUAAAGAAAGCAAAAGUUUAUCAGUUACAACAUGUAUUCAAUAUAUCACCUAUUUAAUGUCGGGCAGUAUGAGUAAGAUGAGUUUUGGUUGGUAUUUUACCCCUUUUAUAGUAUUCAUGUGCAUGCCAUGUGUUAUAUAACAUACCCUUCAUAUGAACAACUUAUAAACUGAAAUAAAGAAAAUAGAAAUG